AUGGCGGCCAAGAAUUGGGAGUGGUGGGAGAGGUAUCCCGAGGAGGAAGAGGUUCUCGAGGCGAACUGGCGAGGGGAAUGCUCUGUGCGCUGGGGAAAAGAGCAGAUGGCCGAGGAGUUAUUCGAGGAAAUCCUUGCCCAACCAACCUACAAGAUCAAGAGAACGCAAACGCUGGCAAGACUCGGUUACGAUGUCAAGGAGUACCUCGAGAGAAACAUCAACACAACCGCUACAGCGGAAGAUUACCUAUCGAGACGGUAUCAUGCUACACAAGUGCUGGAGCAUAUAAGACGAAGAAGAGCAUGGGAAAGGUUGGAGAAGAUUGCUGAUGGAUAUGACCCUCCUCUUGAAGAAGGUUUGGCGCUGUUUGGACUUUUCCGCAGUGGCGACGUCGAGGACGUGCUUAAUCAGUUCGAUUGUCUGGCACUUCAGGCCAAAUCAUGGAUUCUGAAUUACGCGGAACUGCCAUUACCGGCAUUUGCCCAGGCCUUAUGCCGGUUCAUGAGAGAGCAUAAUCUCACGCCCCCAAGGGACCCUGGUUCUUCGGCUUAUUAUCAUCUUGACAACUCCUUCCUUCAUAUUGUUCUGCGCGACCGCACAAGCUUUCUACCCAUCACUCUCGUGACAAUCUUUUGUGCUUUAGGUCGCCGGUUACGCCAGGAUGCUACAUUCGCAGCUGUGGGCGUUCCCACUCAUGUUCUGGCAUAUGUUGGUCCGGCCAACGGAGGAGACGUGGUCUAUGUCGAUCCGUUCAGUGGAGGUCGUAUCCUCCGAGUGGAAGAUCUCCACGACAUGCUGUUACAUAUGGGAGUUCUGACUCCCGGCGUUCCGGAAUACACAGGUCCGGCACAAACUAAAGACAUGAUCCUACGAACGGGAAGAAACAUCCUUAAUGCACUGCAGCGUGGUCAUGAUAUGCCAAAGCAUGAUCGCGACGCAGCUCUCUACGCAUCCUUUGCCGCACUCGAUAUUAUUGGCAAUGGCCUCAUGGGACAACCAAGGUGGGUCAUUCGCGAACUUCACCCGGAAGCCGGUGUUUGGACAUCUCGACUAAACCGCAUGCGAACCAGAGAAUUCCUUAGUCGAAUCGUCCAGACGAGUUUUCCCAGCGAUAUCGGCUUCAUCGAAACAAAGGUGUUGCCUUCAGUGGAGGACGAAGAUGAAGCGGGUAUAUUGGCCGAAGCAUGUUCGGCUAUCAGGCAGGAGGACCGAAAGGAGCCAGGACCCAAAGGCCGAAAGAACUUGAAGCGAGAACCAAAGUAUAGAGUGGGGCAGAUCUUUGUGCAUCAGCGCUACGAUUACCGAGCAGUAAUUACUGGCUGGAGUAAGAACUGCAGUGAGGAGACAACGGAGGAAUGGAUACAGAUGAUGGGUGUAGAUCGAUUGAACGAAGGUCGUGAGCAGCCAUUCUACCAUGUUUUGGUUGAAGACAGUUCCCACCGGUACGUGGCAGAGGAGAACAUCAGGCUCAGCAACCAUACUACGGCUGAUGUGGAAGCUUUAUGCGAACUCAGGGAAAUAGGAAAGUUCUUCAAGCGGUACGACAGUGAACAAGGGAGAUUCAUUGUAGCCGCAGAUAUGGCGUUAGCGUACAUGGACGAAUAG